UCAGUGGUGCUUGAACACAGGCAGUGCCCUCCACUACCCAGGCUCCCAGCCACUAAAUGAACUGCUUCAGGAUGUGUUGCGUGUGAAUGUUGCCCAUCCAAGUGAGAAGUGUUCCUCAGGGCAGGAGGUGUUCAAUGAUCCUUUACAAAUCCAUAGGGCCUUGCCUCCCCGGCAGCUGGACUUGUAGGCUGCCUCAACACCCCCCAGGGUGAGCCCAGUGGACCUUCUGCAAGACGACUGGGUUGAGGGUGUUGCUUGGAGGUGAACCAGACGUGAAACUAACACUUAAAUUUGGGGUCUCAUUUACUCAGAGGAGGCCGAGGCUCCAGUCUGGACUCCAUUAGGAAUGGACUGCGUGACCUUGGGCAAGUCACUUGACAUCUUCCAGCCCUAGAUUUCUACCUUGGUGACCUUCAACCCCUGCCCACAUCACGAGUGGCUGGGGUCAUCCUGUGGGCUAUGAGCGCGGCCCUGCAGGCAGCGCAGGUGGGGUAGGGUGCGUGCACGGUGCGCAGCAGGCCAGCUGGGUGUCGCUGUGAGCUCCCGUAGCGGCCAAGGCCGCGCUGCAGCCGUGCGGUCAGCUGCGGAGGCUGGGAGGACGCGCGGUGGGCCGCUCGCGCAUGUUGCAGACCUGCUCCCCACGUUCGCCUGCUCCGAUACCCCCCGGGCCGCUGGGCCCGACCGCCUCGGCGCUAUCGCCCCAAACCAGAUGCCCGCCCGGCGCCCCUGGCCCGCGUGGGGGCCGAGCCCCGCGGGAGGGACUGGAAUUCCUCCCAGGCGGGGCCCCCUCCCGCCGCCCUUCCCUGGCGCUCGCUUUCACCGGCUCCCUGCGCGUCCCCCUCCCGGCCGCCAGCCAACUGCGUGCCCCCGGGGCCGGCAAGAAGCCACAUGCCCCCGCAAGGAAUGCCGGGCCUGGCGGACGGGGGGCGGGCACUGGGCAGGGCCGAGCCAGGCAGGGCAGGGAGCUCCCCGCUGGGAAGGACAGAAUGACUGAGAACAUGAAGGAGUGCUUGGCGCAGACCAAGGCAGCCAUGGGGGAUAUGGUGACAGUGGUGAAGACAGAGGUCUGCUCACCACUCCGCGACCAGGAGUAUGGCCAGCCCUGCUCUAGGAGAGCAGACCCCUCAGCCAUGGAAGUGGAGCCCAAGAAACUGAAGGGGAAGCGUGACCUCGUCAUGCCCAAAAGCUUCCAGCAAGUGGACUUCUGGUUCUGUGAGUCCUGCCAGGAGUACUUUGUGGAUGAAUGCCCGAACCAUGGCCCUCCGGUGUUUGUGUCCGACACACCGGUGCCCGUGGGCAUCCCAGACCGGGCUGCCCUUACCAUCCCACAGGGCAUAGAGGUGGUCAAGGAAGCCAGUGGCGAGAAUGACGUGCGAUGUAUAAAUGAGGUCAUCCCCAAGGGCCACAUCUUUGGCCCCUAUGAGGGGCAGAUCUCCACCCAAGAUAAAUCAGCUGGCUUCUUUUCAUGGCUGAUUGUGGACAAGAACAACCGAUACAAGUCCAUAGACGGGUCAGAUGAGACUAAAGCCAACUGGAUGAGGUACGUGGUCAUCUCACGGGAGGAGAGGGAGCAGAACCUGCUGGCGUUCCAGCACAGCGAGCGCAUCUACUUCCGGGCAUGCCGGGACAUCCGGCCGGGGGAGCGGCUCCGGGUCUGGUACAGUGAGGACUAUAUGAAGCGCCUGCACAGCAUGUCCCAGGAAACCAUCCACCGCAAUCUGGCCAGAGGAGAGAAGAGGUUGCAGAGGGAGAAGUCUGAGCAGGCUCUGGAUAACCCAGAAGACCUGAGGGGUUCCAUUCAGCUCCCUGUGUUGAGACAGGGCAAAAGUCCCUACAAGCGUGGCUUUGAUGAGGGGGAUGUGCACCCCCAGGCCAAGAAGAAAAAAAUUGACCUCAUUUUCAAGGAUGUGUUGGAGGCAUCUUUGGAAUCUGCAAAGGUGGAAGCUCAUCAGCUGGCCCUGAGCACCUCACUGGUCAUCAGGAAAGUUCCCAAGUACCAGGACAAUGCCUACAGUCAUUGUGCAAUGACCGUGUUGCAUGGUGUGCCGAAUGUCAGCCGGACCCAGGGGGAAGGGGACUGGAAGAUCCCCCAAGGGGCUUCUAAGGAGCCAGGUCCACUGGAAGAUGAAGAGGAGCCUUCAUCUUUCAAGGCUGACAGUCCUGCCGAGGCCUCCCUUGCAUCCAAUCCCCACGAGCUUCCCACCACCUCCUUUUGCCCUAACUGUAUUCGCCUAAAGAAGAAGGUUCGAGAACUCCAGGCAGAGCUAGACAUGCUUAAGUCUGGGAAGCUUCCUGACCCCCCUGUAUUGCCAGCACAGGUACUGGAGCUCCCAGAGUUCUCAGACCCUGCAGCCUCAGAAAGCAUGGUCUCUGGCCCCGCCAUCAUGGAGGAUGACGACCAGGAGGUCGAUUCGGCAGAUGAAUCGGUCUCCAACGAUGUGAUAACCGCAGUGGAUGAACCCUCCAAGAUGUCGUCAGCCACCGGGCGUCGGAUCCGGCGCUUCAAGCAAGAGUGGCUGAAGAAGUUCUGGUUCCUGCGGUACUCCCCGACACUCAAUGAGAUGUGGUGCCACGUCUGCCGCCAGUACACAGUGCAGUCGUCCCGCACCUCAGCCUUCAUCAUUGGCUCCAAGCAGUUUAAGAUCCACACCAUCAAACUGCACAGCCAGAGCAACCUGCACAAGAAGUGCCUGCAGCUGUACAAGCUCCGCAUGCACCCCGAGAAGACAGAGGAGAUGUGUCGCAACAUGACCCUGCUCUUCAACACUGCCUACCACCUAGCCCUUGAAGGCAGGCCCUACCUGGACUUCCGGCCCCUGGCUGAGCUACUGAGGAAGUGUGAGCUCAAAGUGGUAGACCAGUACAUGAAUGAGGGGGACUGCCAAAUCCUCAUCCAUCACAUUGCCCGGGCACUGCGGGAAGACCUGGUAGAGCGCAUCCGGCAGUCACCUUGCCUCAGCAUCAUCCUGGAUGGGCAGAGCGAUGACCUGCUGGCUGAUACAGUGGCUGUCUAUGUCCAGUACACCAGCAGUGAUGGGCCCCCAGCUACAGAGUUCCUGUCCCUGCAGGAACUGGGGUUCUCCAGCACGGAGAGCUAUCUCCAGGCACUUGACCGGGCCUUUACUGCCUUGGGCAUCCGGUUGCAGGAUGAGAAGCCAACUGUUGGCUUGGGUAUAGAUGGGGCCAAUGUCACAGCCAGCCUGCGUGCCAGCAUGUUCAUGACCAUCCGCAAGUCGCUGCCCUGGCUGCUCUGCCUGCCCUUCAUGGUGCACCGGCCUCACCUGGAAAUCCUGGAUGCCAUCAGCGGGAAGGAGCUUCCCUGCCUGGAGGAGCUGGAGAACAAUCUGAAGCAGCUGCUGAGUUUCUACCGCUAUUCACCACGCCUCAUGUGUGAGCUGCGGUCCACUGCUUCAACCCUCUGCGAGGAGACAGAGUUCCUAGGGGACAUCCGGGCUGUGAGGUGGAUCAUCGGUGAGCAGAACGUCCUCAACGCCCUCAUCAAGGACUACCUGGAGGUGGUGGCCCACCUCAAGGACGUCAGCAGCCAGACGCAGCGGGCGGAUGCCUCUGCCAUUGCCCUGGCACUGCUGCAGUUCCUCAUGGACUACCAGUCCGUCAAGCUCAUCCACUUCCUUCUUGACGUGAUCGCUGUGCUCUCACGCCUGGCCUACAUCUUCCAGGGUGAGUAUCUCCUGGUGUCCCAGGUGGAUGACAAGAUUGAGGAGGCCAUCCAGGAGAUCAGCCGGCUGGCUGAUUCCCCGGGGGAAUACCUGCAAGAGUUUGAGGAGAACUUCCGCGAGAGCUUCAAUGGGAUUGCGAUGAAGAACCUCAGGGUGGCAGAAGCCAAGUUCCAGUCCAUCAGGGAGAAGAUCUGCCAGAAGACCCAAGUGAUCCUGGCUCAGAGGUUCGAUUCCCGCAGCCGGAUCUUCGUGAAAGCCUGCCAGGUGUUUGACCUGGCUGCCUGGCCCAGGAACAGCGAGGAGCUCAUGAGCUAUGGCAAGGAGGAUAUGGUUCAGAUAUUUGAUCACCUGGAGGCUAUCCCAACCUUUUCUCGGGAUGUCUGUAGGGAAGGGCUGGACCCUCGGGGGAGUCUGUUGAUGGAGUGGCGAGAACUCAAGGCUGAUUACUAUACCAAAAAUGGCUUCAAAGACCUAAUCGGCCAUAUUUGCAAGUACAAACAGAGGUUUCCGCUCUUGAACAAGAUCAUCCAGGUCCUGAAAGUCCUCCCCACUUCCACUGCUUGCUGUGAGAAAGGCCGAAAUGCCCUGCAACGAGUUCGCAAGAACCACCGCUCCCGCCUGACCCUGGAGCAGCUCAGUGACCUGUUGACAAUUGCUGUCAAUGGCCCACCGAUUGCCAACUUUGAUGCCAAGCGAGCCCUGGACAGCUGGUUUGAAGAGAAGUCUGGCAACAGUUAUGCACUGUCCACCGAGGUCCUCAGGAUGACGGCGCUGGAACAGAAGCCCAUGCUGCCAGCCGUGGACCACGGGUCUGAGUUUUACCCCGACAUUUAGGGGGCCGGCGUCACAGAGUUCACUAAGCUGUUGAAUAUUUUUUUAAUCUCUACUCAUAAGCUUUGAUAUAUUUUAUAUAUAUAUAUAUAUAUAUAUAUA